CUCCGCCCGUGCGGCCGCGGGGCUGGGGCAGCGGCGCCGAGGAACCGCCGGGACCCAGGCCUUGCACUCUGGAUUUGUCAGCCUUGCAGGCUUCUGGACACAUCUCUUCUCAGCCAUGGGGAGAUCAGUAGGAUUUAAUGUCUGUGUGGUCACCUGCAGCAUCCUGCUCUUGCCCUCCAUCCUGCCGUGCCUUGCAUCUCAGCCCCUGGAGGAGGGGGACACGACCAAGGUCCAGCAUGGCCCCUGGGCAGGGAAUGGGCUGGAAGAUGAAAGGACUGGCAUGGUGGACUUGAAAAAUACCUUGGGCCCUUCUGAGCAGACAGUUUCUGAAGAGCCAUGUGGAGUGUCAGCAGAGCCGUCUGGGACACCCUUGAAUGAAGCUUUCACUGCAGAAGAAGUGCUCCCUGUGAGCCCCAGCCAUGUCAGCCCCAGCACCCAGGGCCUGGGUGACCACACCUCUGCUGGGGCAGUGGCUGCUGUGAGUGGGGAGGAGAUUGGUCCCACGAAGUCAGAGCUGGAUGAGGAUGAUGCCCUCAAGGCCAUGCUGACCACAGCUGUGACCACACUGAGCCCCCCUGGCCAGGAGGAGUCUGUGGGUGGCCCCAUCAGCGAGGUCACCACAGAAGGUGGUGUGGCAGAAGAGCACAGCUCUGGCAGCCCCUCAGCAAACCCCCCCCUUCCUGGGACAACUGUGGAGGAGCAGGAGGGGGCAGAGAGCAGCUCACACCCCUCAGCUGUGCCCCAGCCCACGCUGACCCCCAGCUCUCCCAGCUGGGAACCAGCGAGUGACCACCCUGUUAUCCCAACUCCCCAGGCUCCUGGUGUGACCCCUGAGGUGGGAAUGCUGAGACCCCACACAGGGAGCCCUCUGAAAUCCCUGGCUCCACCAGUGUCUGUGGCUGCCGAACGUCCCCUCGCGGUGACCGAGGCCUCCCUUCCCCCAGAAGCAGGGACAGGGGUCACACAAGAAGAGCUGCCCACCACAGCUGGCACUGCCACCAUCCACCCUGCUGACACUGUGCCACCUGACUGGGAUGACACAAAGCUGGGGGACAUCAGUCAAGGGGGAAGCACGUCUCAUGAGGAGGUGACAGAGGACCUGGGGAUGACAAAACCAUCCCAGACCCCACAGGGAGGUGUGGGGGAGGAAGAGGACGCAACAAGGGCACUGCCAUCCCCAGUGUCCCCUCCACCAGAGCCUGAGCUUGCCGAGGAGACCAACUGCACAGUGCCAGCGCAGGGAGAGGAGCUGCCAGCAACUUCCACAGGCAGCAGUGGUGCUUCCCACACUGGGAAUGUGACGUAUGGAGACACGGCUGAUCUGGACUCGCUGGAAAACGCAAGUGCAGUCACAGCAGAGGAGGAGAAAAGCAUUCUGCCAUCACAGUCAGAGGCUGCUGUGGGGACAGAGACACAGCCUGAGCUCUCCCCUACUCUGGAAAGCUCAUGGGAAGGUGUUGCUCAGGAGGUGACAACAGUUGCCCAGGAGGCUGAUGCUGGUCUGUCAGUUGUGGCAGUGGUGCCUGGUGCUACCCAGGGAGCAGGAGCUGCGAGCUUUCCCCAGGAGAACAGUGGGGAAGACACCCAGAUGCUGACUGCUCCCAGUGCCACCGAGGUGCUGGUGGCAACUGGUGCUUCCUCCGCGGUGAACACUCUGGAUGUUGAAGAUCUCACGGAUGGGAUCCUGGUCACCAGUGCGAAGGCUGUCCCAGCUCCUGGUGGGAUGCCUUCUACCCCAUCUGGACAGACAGAGGAACCAUCCAGCAGAACUGUGGUCCUGGUCACUCCAGCAUCCAUGGCCUCUUCUGCCAGGAGAACAGCCCUUCCCUCUGUGCGGAGGAUCAGCACGGCUGUGACCUACGGGCUGGACCGCCUGGAGUCGGAAGAGGGUGAAGAAGAGGAGGAGGAAGAAGAAGAGGAGGAGGAAGAAGAAGAGGAGGAAGAGGAAGAUGAGGAGGACAAAGACCUAGAUCUGAUGGAUGAAAGCAUGGAGGGCGACACGGAGCUGCCGGGUUUCACACUUCCAGGGGACACCUCCCAGGAUCCCAUAGCUGGCCUGGAAAACCCUGUGGCCCAGCUGGCUGGGGUGUCCUACCAGGUUCCUGACACCAUCGAGUGGGAGCAGCAGAACCAGGGUCUGGUGAGAAGCUGGAUGGAGAAGCUGAAAGAUAAGGCAGGAUACAUGUCGGGGAUGCUGGUUCCCGUGGGAGUGGGGAUAGCAGGAGCCCUGUUUAUCCUGGGAGCACUCUACAGCAUCAAGAUUAUGAACCGCCGAAGGAGAAAUGGCUCGAAGAGACAUAAAAGAAAGCAGAGGGAGUUUAACAGCAUGCAGGACCGAGUCAUGCUCUUGGCUGACAGCUCUGAAGACGAAUUUUGAACCGGACUGCGGUGCCCUUGUGACUUUUCUGAGGAGGGAGGGAGAGGGAGAAGAAGAACAAGUGACUCUGUGCUGCAUCCCUGCUCUCUCCACCACCCCAGGGCCCCAGCAGGGCUCAGUGCCCUGGCCAAGGCAUGCUACGCUCUUCGUGUCCCGCCAGUGAUGUUUGUUUGAUACAGUAGUGGAGAUUUCACAUUUCAGAUCCACAGCGCGUCUUGUUACAGCUGGAGCUGAUCCAUAUGGAUGAUUAUUUUCCUAUCACCCUGGUGUACUGUUUUGGUCCUGGCUGGCAGUAAUCUAAUCAUAACAAUAGCUCUCACCUAACCCGGGAAUGGAAAUCUUUACUGUGAAUGACUGCUGUCCAAUUAAUUUUAAAUGUUACAUUACCUGAGCUAGAGUUCAUUAGUGCUAAGAUUAGCUGCUCUGCUUAAUUAAUGAGUUGUACACCUGAACUGUGUCCCUGGCCACCUGAGAAGUGCCCAUGUACAGUGUUCUUGAUUCAGUUUGAAGCACAUUUCUGCACUUGGGUGCCCGACUCUCACCCUUGCUCUCUCCCUUCAGCUCUGCUCCACACUGCUUGGAGACACAUGGGAAUGGCCUCAGCACUUGAUUUCACCACAAAAAUCCUGUCCAUUUUCAACCAGCACCGUCUGUUACAGCACAAUAAAUACCAGCGCUCGCCUACUGACGGGUGGUCUUGCAUGGAUCUCUCAGCUCUUGGUCAGUGUAGGUCAGAGAACAGGCAGGUCAGAGGCUUCCUCAGCUCCUGCCUCCUGUUUGAAGGACACUAGUUAGUGGUUCAUCUCUUUCCAAGGCUGCUUUCCCAUAGAGAUGAAAGAGGAGCAUCUGUCCCGCUGGAAAUUGCAUUUUCAGCCCCUGAAAGCUGCACGAACAGCACCUUUGGGGGAUUUGGAUGGGUCUUGUCUUAUAGAAUCACAGAAUGGUUUGGGUUGGAAGGGACCUUCAAGACUGUCUCAUUCCACCCCUCUGCCACGGGCAGGGGCACCUUCCACUAGACCAGGUUGCUCCAAGCCCCUGGCCUUGGACACUUCCAGGGAUGGGGUAGCCACAGCUUCCCUGGGCAACUGGUCUCCAGACCACGGGGUACAGAAAGGCACUCAAGGUUGUGGAGCAGGUGACUGUCAGUGUUGAGGGAUUCCUGGCUAAUAGUGGGAAAGCAGCCACAGCUGGAGAGGUGUUUGCUGUGGGGAUGUGAAAUGCCCACACUGGGAACCUUUGGCCAUGGGGGGGAAGGUGGAGCUGUAGGACAGGUGGAUUCAGGGGUCAUGGUGGUGAAACCAAGGGUGGCACAGAGUGAGGGCAAGCUGCUGUGCUGCCUGGGUUAGCCCUGCUAGCCCUGGGUUACAGGGGGAGGCACAGCCAGUGCCUGAGAUGUCACAGGCACCAGACAGGGGAGGCUGAUGUUGCUUUGCACAGAAACGCUGUCAAAAUAGCCAGAAAAGGGGCUGCGUUACUUGAUCUCUGCUUCUGGUUAUGGAAUUACUUCAGUCUGACAUUUUGUGCAAAGCAUCCAUGUUUCUGAGGUGGGAAUCACUGUUUUGUGGAGAAUCAUCCUUGAUGUUAUGAACAGUGACUGUUGCCAGAGGAGACCUGAUCAGAGAAAUAAGGGCAGACCACACAUCUGUGAGAUUAAAUCUCACUGAGCCUUUGAAGAAGUGGAGGGAGGAGAGUUUGAGGAGGGGCAGGUACAGGAUGUCAUUCCUUGUGAAGGUGGAAAGAUGGUAAAAGGUAGAUGUUGAUGAUGGGAAGCAAAUGCCUCGUGGGAGUGUAAGUGGGAUUGCAAGGUAGAAAGGACAUUCAGAAGCCCCUCCUCAGGCUGAGGUCUCUCUGAGGAGGUCAGAACCUCCUCUGGACAUUAAGUCACCAGAUGUGAUGUUCAGCUCUGAAUAAUCUGUGCUCUUCAGAGCCCAGGUACUUUCCUGUGAGCCUUACCUCUACACCUACUGAGUCAUCUCCCAUCUGGAGAAGGGCAGGUGGGACAACCUGGUUUCAAAAUGCUGCUGAUGCAAGUCUUCCAGUCAAACAGCUGUGUGUGGUCCCUUACACAUUCAUCCCACCAAGUUUAUGGGAAGCAGGCUGGGGAGACUGGUCUAUCAACAUUUUGGGGAAGGUCUUCAUACCCUAGUCCCUCUAGGUCAGGCUUUCCCAGGCAGGGCUCCACAGUGCAUCUCUCCCUUCUUGUUCCUGAAACUUUAACGAGGAGAAUCUUGCCCUGCUAAAAUCAGCCCCACAUCUUUAACAGGCACUGAGGGGCAAUCCACCAAGUCCAGGUGCCCCUACCCAAAAUUAAAGCCUCUUUCUCCCAUAAUGAGCGAUCACUCCAAGUUAAGAUGAAGUUUUCCUUCCAGACUCAUCUGUCCCUAUUUUCUUCUCAUUCCUGUCUCUUGGAGGUGCUCAGGAAGUGCUAACAGCCCAGGUGAGCAUUGCUGACUGUCUUGCAGCAUUGGAAAUCAGGAAAUGUUGUCCCUUGGGCUCUUUGGUGAUUUAUUCCUGGCAAGGUAUGAUGGGGGUUGCAAAGUGAAAUGACUUCUCCCUUCCAGGUUG